UCACGUGACUUUUGCCAAACGAAGCAAGCCUCGACACAGUGCUUCUGAACCAGUGUGUUGUUUUUUUCGACACACGCUCCGGAGCGUCAGCUUCAAGCGGACCAUCACUAAUUAAGAGCAACAAUGAGAAGUAUUUGGAUUUAACUGGUUGCUGUUUCUUGCAGGAGAUUGAAGAUGCUGCUGUUGCUCCUGCUCCUCACGAGCGUUUCCCAGCAUGCUCUGGCUGUGGUGGUGGAGGUAUAUGAGCGGGAGACUUCUGUCCUCUUGCCCUAUGUUUACAAAGGUUCUAUACCCGAGAACAAUCCCACAGUGAUGUGGACUUGCAGUGACCUCAAUCCCAAAUCUGUCCACCUACAAGGAAAAGGAGGAGACGAUCUUAAAGGGCAAAACCAGCGCUACAGUGGGCGCACAUCAAUGAGUCGUUAUGCACUAAACACAAAAGACUUCAGCCUCACUCUGAGGAAACCCAAACUGACUGACAGCGGUAUUUACACCUGUUCCAUCAGUGCUGGAGGAGAAGAACAUAGACUGAGUGACAUCCAGCUGCACGUCAAAGAUCACCCCAUGGAGGUGAAGGUGGAGGAAGGCUCAGAGUCUGUCAUCCUGCCCUGCAAAACUGAACCUGACCUGCCUGAGAACACCAGAGUGGAGUGGACUCGCUCUGACCCAGAACUCUUGAUAGUUCAGGAGUAUUCAAACAAAGGUGGCCAACCGGACAACUUUUACAGAGACCGAACAGAAAUGAAUGAAGACCCACUGAAAACUGGAGACCUCAGUCUGACCCUGAAACACCCCACAGAGAGAGACAGUGGGGGAUACAUCUGCACCAUCUACAGGGACAAAGACAUCCUGAGACAGAAAGUAGUGCUGCACCAUGUCAGAGAAAAACCUCCACUUUGGGCCACAGCUGUCGUAGUUCUUCUUGUUCUGGUGGUUUUUGUGGGACUCAUAUAUAGAUUUCAACACUAUUCCAUGUCAGACUGUCAGGUGGAGGUGAAGUCAGGGGUGGAGUCUGUAAAGCUGCCUUUCAAAACCAACACAAAAAAAAUACCUGAAGAUGCUAAAGUGGAAUGGAAGGACAGAUACAACAACAAAGUCCAUGUGCACCAGAAUGGUUGUGAUAGGAUUGAAGACCAAAGCCCAGCAUACAGGGAGCGAACAGAGAUGAAGCGCAACCCGCUAAAAACUGGAGACCUCAGUCUCAUCCUGAAAUACCCCACAAACAAGGACAGAGGCAUCUACACCUGCACCGUCUACAACAAGGAGGGAGAAAAAAUCCUGAAUGACACACAAGUGGAGCUUAAAGUCAAAGUCCCCCAGGUGGAGGUGGAUUCAGGGGUGGAGUCUGUCCAGCUGAUCUGCAAAAUCAGAGUUCGUCUGAUAAAAAAAGACCCUAUAGUGGAGUGGACGGAGAACAACAAGAAGGUCCAUGUGUAUCAGAACGACUCUGAACAGCCUGAAGAACAGCACCAGGAUUACAGAGACCGGACAGAGAUGAAUAAAGACCUGCUGAAAACUGGAGACCUCAGUCUGACCCUGAAACACCCCACAGAGUGGGACACAAACACCUACACCUGCACCGUCUACAGCAGGGAGGGAAACAUCCUGCUGAUGAAACAAGUGGAGCUUAAAGUCAGAGUCCACCAGGUGCUGGCUGAUUUAAAGGCGGAGUCUGCCAAGCUGCCCUUCAACACCAGCGUUAACCUGUCUGAAGAGGAUAAAGUGGAGUGGAAGGACAGAAACAUCAGGAAGGUCCAUGUAUAUCCAGAAGUGUCUGACCAGCCUGAAGAACAGGACCAGCGUUACAGAGACCGAACGAAGAUGAAUGAAGACCCGCUGAAAACUGGAGACCUCAGUCUGACCCUGAAAUACCCCACAGACUGGGACACAAAUGCCUACACCUGCACCGCCUACAGCAGGAAGGGAAACAUCCUGCUGAUGAAACAAGUGGAGCUUAAAGUCAGAGUCUGUGAGGUGGAGCUGAAGAUGGGGGCGGAGUCUGUCCAGCUGCCCUUCAAAACCACAGAAAAACUGCCUGAAGAUGCUAAAGUGGAGUGGAAGGACAGAUACAACAGGAAGGUUCAUGUGUAUCAUAAUGCAUCUGACCAGCAUGAAGAACAGGAUGAGGAUUAUAGAGAUAAAACAAAGAUGAAUGAAUGCCCGCUGGAAACUGGAGAGCUCAGUCUGACUCUGAAAAACCCCACAGAGGGAAACAUUGGGAGAUACACAUGUUGCGUCUGGAGAAAGGGAGACAUAAUCAGAUUGAAAACAGUGAUGUUAACAGGAAAAGUAAAAGGGGGUUUGUAUGCUCCCCCUAGGUGUGAUCUUUCAGAAAUACAAUAUCGCUUCUCACAGUUAUGCUGAUGAUAUACAGAUCUACUUUGAACUAACUGAUGAUCUCUGUCUCUGCACUUUUUGUGUGAGGUCAAAUAAUGGCUCUUAGGAAACUCUCUUAAAUGAUAAGAAAACGGAAAUCGUGGUAUUUGAUAGUAAUAUCCCUCGCGGCCAACUUCCUGAUGCCCUUGGUUCCCUUGCCAGUUCCAUCUCUGACACUGUUAGCAAUUUGGGUGUGUUGCUGGAUAGCUCUUAAAUUUGAUAAACAAGUGUCUGCUGUAGAUAGAUCUAGCUUCUACCAACUGUGGCUAGGCAUGCCCUCUGACUGGAACUGGGAGGUUUGCCUCUAUUAUCCCUGUUCUUGCUGAUCUGCACUGCACCCAUUAAAUACCGUAUCCAAUUUAAAAUACUGCUGCUUACUUUUAAAAUGAUCAACAACACAGCGCCAAGAUACCUUAUCGAAUUCUUUAGAUUGUACAUCCUUGUUAGAGCACUAAGAUCAUCUACUCAGGUAAUCUAGGUGCAGCCAAGAUCUUGGCUGAAAUCUAGAGGUGACCGUGCGUUUGCCUUGGCUGCACCUGAUUUGUAGACUUAUUCUGUUUCUCUUUUAUACAUUUCUUUUAUGGCUUUGUGCUUUUACCAUGUUUUUAUUUGAUAUGCAUUUCAUUGUUACUUAGGUAACUGUUUGUACAGUCAUUUGUAUAAAGAGUAAACAGGACUGGUGAACUAACGCAGCAGUUUUUCUGGACCUUUGAUGCCCUAUUAUGUUGGUUUUUUUUCUGAAUCUUUGGUUUUUAUUUAGCCUUUUCUCUAUUUUUUUUCCAAUGAGUCUUAGCUUUACACAGACUUUGAAACACAUUUAACAAGAAACCCCCGAAGACUUACAUUAAAGUCUCAUUGUUUCUGUACCUAUUUUCGUGUAUUCUCACUUGUUUGGCUCCCUGAGUGUCAAUUCCUGCUUCUGUCUCAUCUUCCUCUGUUCCCUUGU